AGGACCGUAAUUUUAAUUCUGAACAAAUGUUUAAAAGUAGUUGGAGGACGAUUACCUUUACGUUAUUGUAUUUAUUUUCAUAGUUAAAUUUAAUAUCUAAAUUCCAUCACACUGAAGAAAAUCGAACAUUCUACAAUAUUUUUUAUAGAAAAUGGCAAAUCCUCCUUCAAAUGUUGACCAAUCCUAUUUUUGGAAUUCAGGAGUUUCUCAACCACAAAACAUGGGGUAUUAUUCUGUACCACCUCCAAAUUUUCCACCUCCAAACUUUAGGCAACCUCCACCAUCUUAUAAUAUACCUAUUCCCACUAUACCUGAAAAUAAACCAACCAAUUUUAUGUCUUCCUACCCACCUACGACAACAUGUUACCAAAGUGAAGUUCCAAAUUCUUACCCUGAUGUAUCUUAUCAAAAUCAAACCCAGCCACAAUGUAGCAAUCAGAGCUAUGGAUUUUCUGGUUAUUCUCAACCAGUAGUGGAAAAUGUUAAUUCAAAUUGGAAUGAUGGAACUGCAUAUCAUAAUAAUACCAACAAUGAAUGGAAUACGAACGUCUAUUCGUGUGAUUGGAGUAAGUCCCAAGAUAAUAAAAGUUCUUGGUAUGAAACAAAUAAAGUACAAGGAGAUGACAGGAAGUCUACAUCUGAUAAAUAUAAUGAUGGCUCCAAAAAUAAGAGAUCUGAAUGGAAGUACAGAGAUAAGGCAUCUUCCAAUAGUCAUACAAGCAGUAGAAAACGUUCUAGAAGCCCUGAGAAUAGAUCAAGAUCCAGUAGAUCACCAUACAGAUCAAGAUAUGAUUCUCAGAGAGAUAGACAUUCAAAGUAUCAUAGAAAUAAAUCAACUUCUAGAGAGCGGUCGCACAAUGAAGACUCUACUGAUAGAAGAUCAUCCUACAGAAGAAAUUCUGCACAUGUGUCACGCUCUAAAAGAUUAUACACAAGUCACAGAAGCAGGAAGAGAUCAAGAUCUCAAGAAUCUUACACAUCUAGAGCUGCUACCCCAAAUAAUUGUUCCUCUAGUAAAAAAGACCCAACUGAAAGGGAAUUGCUUCUUGAAAAAUAUAGGCAGGAUUAUUGUGCAACCAGUAAAGAUAUGGAAAGGAAAAUGGAUGAAUUGUCUGCAAUGGGACCUGAAGGUAUAAUGGAAAAUGCAAGAAAAGUUUGGACACGUACAGCACCAGCAGAUUUAUAUUAUAGUAGAGACGAUAUUAAUCCAAAAGUAAUGAGAGGCACACCAAAGUUGCAUGAAUUGUGUGAAUUGUUCAGAAAAGUGUUGAUGGAUAGAGCUACAGCUGCAAGAGCCUUGCAGCCUCCUUAUGAUCCACCUCCAAGAAAAACCAGAGCUCGUCUAUGUAGACACAAAUCAGAAGUCUGUAGCAGCAGCUCCUCUUCUGAUAGUGAUAGUUCAAUGGAUGAAGAUGAUAGAACAAUGGAAGAACUAAUGGCAAAGAAACAGCACCCACAAAGAUUACAUCCUGAAAUGUGGUUCAAUGAUCCAGGAGAGAUGAAUGAUGGACCAUUAUGUAGAUGUAGUGCAAAAUCAAGGAGGUCUGGAAUUCGUCACGGUAUUUAUGCUGGAGAAGGUGCAAUAAACAAGUGUAACUUAAAUUCAAACAAUGCAGAUAGUUUGUAUCAUUAUCGAAUAACUAUUAGCCCACCAACGAAUUUUCUUACUAAAACUCCGACAAUUAUCAAGCACGACGAACAUGAAUUUAUAUUUGAAGGAUUUUCUAUGCUCUCUCAUUUUCCACUUGUAAAAUUGCCAACGUGCAAAGUGAUAAGAUUUAAUAUAGAAUAUACAAUUUUGUACAUAGACGAAAAGUUACCAGAAAAUUUUACCAUUCAAGAACUGGAUUUUUUUCAAACUUACUUAUUUAAGGAAAUAUUAGAGCUUGUUGACUUCGACCUACAGGCAGCGCAAGAUAAAUCUGGCUGUGGACAGUUUCAUUUUAUGCCUCGAUUCGUACGCGAUUUAGCGGAUAAUGGACAAGAAAUCUUAUCCAUGAAUGAGGUUCUAAAUUAUUUAAUAAAAAGUAGUAAAUUGUUAAUAGAUCCAAAUGAUCUACCUAGGUUGGUAGAGGUGCCACAAUAUAAAUGGCAAAAUUUUGCUGACGAAGUGAAGGGUAUGAUUGUUACAUACCCUGGAAAAAAGCCAUGUAGCGUUCGUGUAGAUCAAUUGGACAGGAAUCAAACUGAUCAGUCUCCUAGUAUAAUCGCCUACCCUGAAAUUGUUCAUUUUGGAAUCAGACCACCUCAGCUUAGCUAUGCAGGAAAUGCGGAUUACCAAAAAGCAUGGAGGGAUUACGUAAAAUUUCGUCACUUAUUAGCCAACAUGCCGAAACCAUCGUUUGAGGAUAAGCGAAAAUUGGAGGCGAAAGAGAAUAAACUCCAAGAAUUGAGGACUCAAAGUAAAAUGAAACGCGAUGUUACCGUGGAUGUUAGCUCUGAAGGAUUUUACAGAACUGGAAUAAUGUGUGAUAUAGUGCAGCAUGCUAUGUUAAUUCCUGUACUUGUUUGUCAUCUACGGUUCCAUAAAUCUCUGGACAAUUUAGAACAUACAUUAGGUUAUGAAUUUAAGAAUAGAUAUCUUCUUCAACUAGCGUUAACGCAUCCCAGUUACCGUGAAAACUUUGGUACAAAUCCAGACCACGCCCGAAAUUCUUUGACCAAUUGUGGAAUAAGACAGCCCGAGUACGGGGACCGGCGAAUACAUUACAUGAACACACGUAAACGUGGUAUUAAUACAUUGAUCAAUAUAAUGUCAAGAUUCGGUGCGAGAACGGAAACGGAAUCCUCGAUAGCGCACAAUGAAAGAUUGGAAUUCUUGGGAGAUGCGGUCGUUGAGUUUCUUACAUCCAUUCACUUGUUUCAUAUGUUUCCUAAUUUGGAAGAAGGAGGUUUAGCAACAUAUAGAGCAGCAAUUGUUCAGAAUCAACAUCUCGCUGUACUAGCAAAGAAAUUGAAUUUAGAAGAAUACAUGCUCUAUGCGCAUGGUAGUGAUCUUUGCCAUGACUUGGAAUUGAGACAUGCGAUGGCUAAUUGUUUUGAGGCAUUGAUGGGUUCAUUGUUCCUCGAUGGGGGCAUAGAAGUAGCUGAUCGAGUAUUUGGAGAAACGUUGUUUAAAGAUGAGGAAGAUCUUAUGAAAGUUUGGGUGAAUUAUCCUAAACAUCCUUUGCAAGAGCAAGAACCAACAGGUGACAGGCAAUGGAUACCGAGUUUUGAAUUGUUACAGAAAUUAACAAAAUUUGAAGAAUCCAUUGGCAUUGAGUUCACUCACAUUCGUCUUCUAGCAAGAGCUUUUACUGACCGUAGUAUAGGAUACACGAACUUAACGUUGGGUUCUAAUCAACGCUUAGAAUUUUUAGGGGAUACUGUAUUACAACUUAUAGUUUCAGAAUAUUUAUACAAAUAUUUCCCGGAACAUCAUGAGGGUCAUUUAUCUCUUUUACGAAGUUCUCUUGUAAAUAAUAAAACGCAAGCCGUUGUCUGUGAUGACUUAGGAAUGACUCAGUAUGCACUUUACGGUAAUCCAAAGGCCGAGUUGAAAACAAAAGACCGAGCUGACUUGCUCGAAGCAUUUUUAGGAGCGCUUUAUGUUGAUAAAGGUUUAGAACAUUGUCAUGUGUUCUGCGACGUAUGCUUCUUUCCACGUUUACAAGAUUUUAUCAUGAAUCAAGAUUGGAAUGAUCCAAAGAGUAAACUACAACAGUGUUGUUUAACAUUAAGAACAAUGGAUGGCGGGGAACCUGAUAUUCCUGUGUACAAAGUAAUUGAAUGUAAAGGUCCGACAAAUACGAGAGUAUAUACUGUUGCUGUAUAUUUCCAAGGAAAACGAUUGGCAAAAGCGUCAGGUCAUAGUAUACAAGAAGCAGAAAUGAAUUCAGCCAAAGAAGCUUUAGAAAAAUCACAAGAUUUGUUCCCACAGUUGGAUCACCAAAAACGCGUUAUAGCUAAAAGUAUGAAAAUGCAGCAGUGGCCAAACAAACACAAAUCUCGGGGACGAUCUAUGAAACCCACAGAUAAACACGAUGAUUCAGAGUUCAGUCAGCGGUCCAAACGAAGUCGUAGUGAAACGUAACUACUCAUUAAAAUGAAUGUAUCAUAAUAUAUUGUAAUAGUGGAUGCAAUAAAGCUUGAACAAUUAUGUUACAAUCAUUUUAUUUUUUUUAACUAAAAAUUUGAUAUUG